AUGAUUGUUGGACAAUCACUAUCUAAUGAUAUAUAUAGUCGAAGAGGUAGUUCUGCAUUGAACCGUAAAAAACAAAAACAAGAUGAUGUUGAAAGAGAAAAACAUGAAUUCGUAGAUGAUGAAUAUUCACCACCAUCGACACAUCAACAUGAUCGAUAUUCUCCAUACGGUGAAACAAAACAUAAUUAUCGAUCACGAUCACGUUGGCCAUUAUCUUAUGAAGAUUCUGAUGAUUCAUAUGAUUCACGUGAUUCACAUAAUUUACGUGAUUCACAUGAUUUACGUGAAUGGUCACGAUAUGAACAUAGACACAAUAAUCAUUUAUCACCUGCUAUUUUUGAUCAUGGACCAACUUGUCAUUCAUUACUUGAUCCACAAUAUCCACUUUUCUCAGAUGUUUGUGGUGCUGUACCACAAGCUCGAUAUUCUUUACCAAAUCUUUUCGGUCAUGUUGAACGUUGGCAAAUAGCUCAAGUUUUAUCUACUAUACUUGAUCCAACAACAUUAGCAUCAUCAGCUCCAAAUUGUCCUCGUGCUUUACGUCUUUUACUUUGUCCAUUAUUAUUUCCCCCAUGUCCAACACGAUAUGAAACUCCACCAAUUCUUCCAUGUCAACCAUUUUGUCGAGUUAUUAAAAAUCAAUGUGCCGCACCUGCACUUGAUCUUUUACCAUGUGAAUUACUUCCACCUUCAUCUGAUCUUUGUCCAGUUAAUCCUGCACCUUACAGUUCACUUUUAUCAUCAUUUGGUCAAACAUCACCAUUUAAUGGUGGUCUACCACAAGGUGCUCUUCAAUCUUUAUUAGCACAAUCAGCAUUAUCACAAUUUGAAGGAUCUCAAUCACCUUUUUCAUCAUUAUUUGCACAAACAGGACUAUCGCAAUUUGAUGCACCUCCAUCACCUUUUUCGUCAUUAUUUUCACAAUCAGGACCAUCACAAUUUGAUGGACCUUCAUCACCUUUUUCAUCAUUAUUCUCGCCAUCAGGCUAUCCAUCAGGACCAACACCAUCAGGUUACCCAUCAGGUUUUCCAUCAGGUCCAAUACCAUCACGUAUUCCUUCACCUGGAUUUUCUUCAUUAUUAUCUACAUCUGGUUUACCAUCAUUGUCUUCUUUUAAUCCUCGUUUUAAUAUGGAAUCUGUUAUGAGUGAAAGUUUAAAACCAAUUCUUGUCGAUUUUCCACCACUACCAAUUACUCCAGAGUUCCGAAAAAUGCCACGAUACUUUCCAUCAUUACGUUCAGCAACUGAAAAAGUUUAG